AUGUAUUCCCCAAGCACGCCUCAAUAUCUACGUGAACAAUUCUCGCAGCAGUGUCAUCAUCCUACCGAUAACGAUCAUCCUCUCCUUCUUCUUGCUUCUCACGGAAACUCCAAAGAUGAAGACAAAAUCUCUUUCCACUCAAAGCCUUCUCAUCACUCUCUUAACCAUCACCACUUUAUUCUGAAUACUAAUUCACCACCUCCUAGUCGUUUGAAAACUCCUCCAAGAACAGCUACAAAAUCUCGUCUCGAGAUGACUCCAAACGUUCCCUUCUCAUCCCGAAUUGAUCAUCACCAACCUCAUCCACCAAUAUACGAUAAUAGGAGGAAUACAAUGAUGAGUGCAGAGAUGAAUCUGGCCUCUACCUUAACCACCAUGUUGUUACUCUCUCCUCCACCUGAUGAUGAUAAUGCAUCCAAACCAAAGAAGAAGAAUCACCACAACAAUCAAGACUCCUUCUUGACUCCAGUGAAACGAUCCUUAUUUGAAGAUUUCAAUCAAUGCAUGGUGCCGAAUUGUACUCCACAAACACUCCAUUCCAGUAAGAAGAUACAAUUUAAUGCUCCAUCGGAAUCUCCUCUCCUUUCUACCAUGAAAAGGGAAGAAAAUCAACGCAAAUUCUCACCCGAGAUGAUGAAAUUCCUAUUUGAGAGAACUCUUAUUGUGGUGGUUGCUGUGUUGUUGUUUCCUGUGAAAAUGGUCUCUCAUCUUAGAAACAGAAUGAUGACGAAUCGAUCAGAGGAUGUAAAAGUGUUGGAACAAGAAGUUGUCUCACAGAAAGAGACACUUCAUUCAUUUGGAGGUCAAAACAGCACACAAGAAUCGAGAAUGCCCGAUAAUCACUCUCUCCAAAAGAUCAGUUCAGGGAAUUUAGAGACAGAUCAAUUUCAUCAGCAACAACGAGUAGAAGCCCUUGAAUUACAAGUGAAAACACUCUCCACACAAUUGGAACUGGUUUUGCAUGAAAAGCAACAAUUGGAAGAACAACUGACAACUCUUCUUUCUUCCUUAAAUCAUUCUGACAGUCACAGACAUGACAAACAAGACAAUCUUUCGAACUUAUCUGAAACUACACCAGCAACAGUGGUUGAUGAUGAGAAGGAUUGUAAAGAGCAAUCAAGAGGUUACGAGAUUAUGUACAUUGAAGAUUCUCAACCUAUUACUUGUAACACCAAUCAACACAAGAAUCAUGAAGAUGAAAACAUUCAAAUGCUACCAACUCCUACACCAAACUAUUCUCAAACCCACUUUGACUUUGUUUUCUCAUUCUUCAUUGGACCAAUCCUUUUAGUACUGUUUUCUUCAUGGAUGAUUGAUUUUGCUUAA